AUGGAUUUGAAAUGCGGGUACCUGUUCUAUCGGAAUCCAUCCAAAGAGACAUGGUACACUGUAAGGCCUUGGGCGCGUAAAUGGGUAGAAAUACGUGAAAAUCGGACUUCAGAAGGACGUUCAGUUUUAUUAGAAGCCUACGAGGACCAGAACGAGUUUGAUAAACCUGUGCUGUGCGUGUUACUAAAGAACGUCACAUUAAUUCGACGCACGCUGGAAAGAAAACAGAGAUACGGCCUAGAGAUAUACUCCGGUGACAAACCACUUCUUUAUCUCGCCGGUGAUAACGAGGGUGUUAUCCACGAGUGGAUCGGUGUGCUUAAACGGGCACUGCUGCCCAAAAUAAACACUGUCAGAAAAUUACCCGAUGUUGGAUCAGAAUUCUACAGAGUGUGGGCGCUACCGAUGGCAACUGCAAACAGGCUACGACUAAAUGGCGAAUUCCUGCUAGCUGUCACUCAACAGAACUUCGAACUCUAUAACGAAAACGGUACACUGUGCUUAAAAUGGCAUAUGAAGACAUUGAAGAGAUUUGUGAUCCUAAAUGACAGCAAAUCAGUGGCACCGGCAGACUGUGGCAAAAUACUCUAUGUAGAGACUGGACGUGGUUGCCAGGACGGCGAGGGCGAGUUCUACUUCUACUCCAACCAAGCUAAAAGUAUACUGGAGACAAUAAUGUCGAAAAUCAACGACGCUGUGGAGAAAUUGAAUAUUCCGCAGGCACGAAAACGAGAAGGCGACGAACGAGAUGACAACUGCAAUGAACGAAACCCGAAAGAAAACGAAACAGAAAAACAGGGUCAACUCGACAACAGAGACGCUGAGUCCGUAGACACUGGGAUAUCGUCUGCUUCAGAGUCGUCCCGUAUUUCAGAAGUUGGAAUAGAACUGCAAACCGACAAAACAGUAACUACAAAAACUGACAUAGACGGAGAUAUGUCAGAAAAGGCAAGCACUUCAGUGUCAGGGAAAGUGUCCGUAUCUGACUCACCCCCCUGUAGGCCGAUUGAACUGUCGAACAAUACUGAAAAAGUCAGCCAAUUAAGCGAGACCACUGACGUCACACGCAAACCUAACUCCGGAUUGGACGAAAGUGGUGACAACAUAACGUCACCACACUCCAGCCCAUUAGGUACGUUGGGUUCAUGUAGCCCGCGUAGUCUGCGACGUGCCUCCAAUUCAUCUAGCGGUUACUGGUCGGAUGCCCCAGAGAGUCGAUAUAAGGAGAUUGCAAAUAACGAAAUAUCUGACGAUAGUGGACAUUAUCAAAACAUUAACUCACAGUUUUAUAAUCAUAAUUCAUUAACGAAUGAAGGGCGUUCUCAAAGUGUUUCUUUUUCUCUUUAUAGUGGCGCAGACAGAAUAACUGAGCCAAGACGACACUCUGAAUCUGGUGGACAUGUGUAUGACUGGCCAAUUAUAAAUUACGACACAAAACAACAACGUACAGUACGACUGUCGAAAUAUCUUCCUCAUCAGGAAUUUCGCAACUCUGACAUUUUGACGGACGUGGCCACAAGUGACCCAGAAUUCAGCAAAAUUCCAGCACCCUUUGAUUUGAUAGACGUGCAUUCGUUAAGCGGCCGUAUCAAGUUACCCGUCAACAAAUUUUGCGACGUCAACAAGCAGACGACAGCUUUACCUGACAUCCCUCCAGAAGUUCCGAAAAGAUCAACAUCGUUGCCGAAGAUAAGGUCGUCGCGUCGUGGGGAUAAGAAAUCAAAGAAGUCCAAUAGGUUAUCUCGUUUCAUUUCAUCGCUAGCUGUGAAAAUGUCAUCACCUCCAUCAAUCAAAUCAUCUUCUAAACGUUAUUCAUAUUCACAACAAAUGGUUACAUCAUCACCAACUUUAUCUACGGGUGGCUCGAAUAAUAUUACUUAUCAGGUUCGACGUGGCAAAUCAUGCGACGACCUGGACGAUUAUCAAUCUCUGAGGAAGCCAGCUGAAAACAAAUUAACGACAAUGAACAAAACAUCACUCAGCACGUUUCGAUCUUCUUCCACCGAUCUACAUUCAACACGCGUUUAUGAUGCGCUCGUUGGUGUACGGCGUCUCCCGGAGCAGACGCUGGUGGCGGUACACACACAGCGAAUAUCGUAUGCGAGCAUCAACGCAGAGAAACCAGACAUAAUAAACGUUACACAAGUACGCAAGGACAAUGAUUUAGUGCAUCCUUCCACAAAUGUAGGGAAGGGAAUUGAGACAUUAAUAGACGCGAAUAACACGGAAUAUGGUGACGAUUAUGUGAAUAUGGAGGAUUCGGUAGACUAUGAACAUAUGAAUAAUUGUGCAAUAUAUAUAAACUCUUAA